GCCCCGCGCACUGGAGCGAGCUCGCGAGCUCGCUCGCCUGGGUGCACCGCUAAGGCACGCACGCACAACCGCUCCGUCGCGCCCACGCCUGAAACCUAUAAAACCCCACCAACUGCGCCAUCAUUCUUCACCAGCUCCAUCGCAAGGGACAGUACUGUACCACUCUAGCCACUACUGGAGCUACCAGGCGCCAUCCCACCCACCAACCAGCAACAACGAGCGCGCCGCAAGCGCACGCCGGAGCCAACAUGUCGAUGCCGGUGUCCAUGUCCGGGAAGGCGAGCGACCCGGGUUCCGCCUGGUUCGGCGGCGGCAGCAGGAGCCCGCAACCGGGGCCGACACACAACGUGCGGCUCAUCGCCAUGGCCGUCGCCGCGUUCGUCUCCGUGCUCGGCCUCUCCCUGCUCCUGCACCUCUACAUCUGCCGCGUCCGCCGCAGGAACCGCAGGCAGGCGGAGGCAGCCGCGGCCGCGCUGGAGGCCGGCUCGGCGGCCCCCAAGCCGGCCAAGGUCGGGCUGGACCCGUCGGCCAUCGCGGCGCUGCCAACCGCGGCGUACCAGGAGACGGGCGAGCCGUGCAGCGGCGCAAGCGAGUGCACCAUCUGCCUCGGCGCCAUGCAGGAGGGCGAGGCGGUGCGCGUGCUGCCGGCCUGCGCGCACGUGUUCCACGUCCCCUGCGUCGACACGUGGCUCGCGUCCAGCUCGUCAUGCCCGGUCUGCCGCGCCCUGGUGGAGCCGCCGCUGUCGCCGGCCGCGCCAGCGUGGGUGCAGGAGAAGCAGGGCCUAGAGAAGGAGUGUGCUGCAAGUGGGAGCUCGGCGCCGCCAUGUGGGCUCGGCGCGUCGCUGAUGCGGAUGCUGAGCAGGGAGAGGCCGGUGGCGCGGAGGCCGACGCAGGGUGACCACGCGCACCCGAUGGAAAUGCAUGUCGAGGACCUGGAAAGCCAGCAGCCCCAGCAGCAACACUCUGUGGAUACCAAUUAGUCUACUUUUUUCGUUUUUCUUCUUUUUUUGGGUUUUUUUCACUAUUCGCUGCUCGAUUGCAAAUCUUGCAUUUGGGUGGCCGAUUCAGAGGUGUGAAAUACGGAAAUACACCUCUGAAGUGUCCUACGGAAAUACAUUGUGGAUGUGCUUGCAGCUCACCCAUAUCUCUCGUAUUUGUGCAAAGAAGGGAUCAUGGAUAUAUAAAUAGACCCCGCAAAAAAUGGAUAUAUAAAUAGAGCUCUGUUUUCUCUA